GCAACCCCACUUAUUAGAUUUCAUAAGGUUCUGGUCACAAGAGAAAGAUGCGGCUGCGCCUCUGUGAGGACGCGGGUGAUGUGCGCCAGCGGAGCGACUGAAUCUUGACAUCCUGGUGAAAAUUGCGGGGGGACAGAAACAACUCCAGACGGACGCAGCUCUGCAGGGAUCGUUUCGCCACGGAAGACACUGCGUUUUGGCUUCGUUUGUGUGACUCCGUGCGCACGCAGGGCCGGAGAGCUUGAGGUUAACUUUGAGCUGUCUCCUUCCCGAGUGGCUGGAAACGCGUGCAUCAUGUUUUAUUAGAGACUCAACCUAAAUAUUGCAUUAUAUUAACUUUAUUUCACUUUGCGUGAGCCUUUCUGUGACCGCUCCUCACAUGAGACGCUCGGCAAGGCGCGCGUCUCCAAACGAGGGCGCACGGAGGUGUGUGGAGAAGUGCAGAGCUCGCUCACUCUAAACCGCUCUGUCGUGUGUUGAUUGUUGCCUCGCUGUUCACGACCGGAAAUUUGAUCAUUGCAAAUUGAAUCUCUCUCCUUCAAGACAACGAUUAAUCAACCGAGACAAACAGAUCAAGCUUUGCGCGCAAGGAAGUUUUUUUCUGUAUUUUGCGCUUCUGGCUGAAUUGUAACUCUGCAGGGGUUGAUGCGCAGCAGGCAGAGUCACAAUAUUAAUUCUGUAUUUCUGUGGGGAAAUCUGUUCUACAAAGAGGUAGAGCGUCGUUUUUAAUUGAAAGGCACCGAUCCGUGUUUCGACGCACAUCGCCCGGGACUGUUUGUGCGCUUAAAAUGGACUUGGAAGACCUGCAGUGGCGGAUGCGAGGGAGCUAACAUUUGAACACAACACAGAGACGAAACAACAGCAACUGAGUAUCUGUGAAGACUCGUGGAGAACUACACCCAGCAUGGCCUCGGUUCUGGACAGCAGCUGCUCCAUGGAGCUGAGCGGCUGGAACAGCAGCCUGAGCAGCUCCGGAGCCUCCGUGCCCUGCAACCAGAGCGUCCUGAGGGGCGCCCCGUACUCCCCCGAAGCCACAGCGGUCUUUGCCACCGCCAUCACCUGUAUGGUCCUCUUCACCAUCGUGGGCAACAUCAUGGUCAUCAUCGCUGUCCUGACCAGCCGGGCGCUCCGGGGUCCGCAGAAUCUGUUCUUAGUGUCACUGGCUGCUGCGGACAUUUUAGUGGCCACGCUCAUCAUCCCCUUCUCCCUGGCUAAUGAACUUCUUGGCUACUGGUACUUUAAGUCUCUGUGGUGUGAGAUCUACUUGGCGCUGGAUGUGCUCUUCUGCACCUCCUCCAUUGUCCACCUGUGCGCCAUCUCCUUGGACCGCUACCUCUCCAUUUCCAGGGUCACGUAUGGGCGUCAGCGGACUCCCAGACGCAUCAAAGCCGCUAUUGUGGUGGUUUGGCUCAUCUCCGCCAUCAUCUCCUUCCCUCCCCUGCUCUCACUGAACAAGAGCGAGCCAGGGGAGGGGGAGGCCGACAGAGGCCCCCAGUGCCAGCUGAACGAUGAACGCUGGUACAUCCUUUACUCCACCAUUGGCUCCUUCUUUGCACCAUGCGUCAUCAUGAUCCUGGUCUACGUGAGAAUCUACCAAAUAGCCAAGCAGAGAACCCGAUGCCCACCAGGAGAGCCCAGGAAGGAUGUCGCUGGCUGUGCCACGCCAAGUCAUCCUCAACGCCAUGCACAGGCUAAUGGCAAAAAUGAUGAAGAAAGCACCCCCCCUUCCUCCAACAAAGCCUCCAAUGCCAGACCCCCCACCCUUGCCAUUACCCCUUCCUCAACCCAAGGAGAGUCUCCAACCGCCCAGAAUCCCACACCCAACAAUCUCCUGCAACCUCCGCCCCCUUCUACAGCCAUGACCCCUGUCACAUCCUCCCUUGAUACCUCUCCCCAUGGCCCCUCACCCCCAUCCCCUGUGCCUCAGUCUGCUCCUGCCAAGACUAAAGAGAAGAAGAAGAAGGGCAAGCUGUGGGGAGGGAAAAAAGCUGACAAUAACAAUGGUGACAGCUCAAGCACAGAUAGUGACAUGGAGCACAGCCACGGAGGAGGUCGAGGCAGCCCCAGCAUGCCAGGAUCCCCUGCUGGAGGGGGCAUCCACUCCCCGGCCUCAGUCAAGCGGUACCGGGACAUGAUUGCCACUUCAAAGGGGGCUCGGCUGGUGCCAGGGAGGAAGUCAAAAACAGACAACAACCCUGGGGCAGCGAGGCGUAAAGCGAUGGUGAACAGAGAGAAACGCUUCACCUUUGUCCUGGCGGUGGUCAUCGGUGUCUUCGUGGUGUGCUGGUUCCCGUUCUUCUUCUCCUACUCUCUACAGGCUGUGUGUCCGGACACCUGUACCAUCCCCGAUCCUCUCUUUACGUUUUUCUUCUGGAUUGGUUACUGCAACUCGUGCCUCAACCCCGUCAUCUACACCAUCUUCAACAAAGAGUUCAGACAGGCCUUCAAAAAGAUAUUGUGCAGUGGCACCAAGGGUACUUUCUUUUAGCAUAGAAAUCCACUGUAUUGGACUGGGACAUAAAACAAAUUAUAAAUCUGAGGCACAGAAAAAAAAAAAAACAAUUUCCAUCUCUAGGAACACUGAAAGGGCUGUUUCAAAAAUAUGUUGAACUAUGGAAAUUCUAGCAUAAAAUUCAGAACAGAGUGACACUCUUUUACCACAGUGUGCGCAAGCAGCCAACGUGGACAGUGAAAUCCCGACUCUGAUACGCACAUCAUUUUUACAGGGUGUGGCUGAACAAUUAGAUGUGGGACAGAGGUGGACAAUGAUAAACUGCUUCGCGCUUCAGUGAUGCUGAUAAGAUUUUAAAUGCACAGCUUUAUCUCUGUUAUCUCACUGAAUAAAGCAGAGUACCAGGAGAGAAAGCAGAAUAAAUAUUAGAGGACGAAAUACCCAUAUGAAAGAAAACAGACUUGAUAUCCUGGAGAAAGGAGGACAACUCCUGAGAAUUAACUUCAGAAUAAGAAUAUAAGAUGUUUAAUGUAUAAUAUAUAUAUAGGUUUUUUGUAGUUAUUAAGGACUGUAGAACUUCUGGGUUUAAAGAAAACUGGUGAAAAGAAGGAGAAGUGACCUUAGAUUCCAAGGAGCCUAGGGCCCUUUCUCUAUCAAUACAGAGCACAAGGAUCACACACGGUUAGUGACGAUUUCUUACAUCUGCAGUCUUAAUUUGCCCGGCUGCGGGGCAAACAUGUGUUUCUUGAUUUUAUCUACAAGCGCAACAACAAGCAAAGGUUUUCUGGUGAUCUCAAAGGUAAUAGCACAGACAAGGGCAGCCUUUCUCCCUGAAGAAAAGCCUUUUUGUCAGACACCUUGCUCUCGGCUCAGCUGGGGUCGUAGAAGACACUCAGGUUGUUUGUAUUAACACUCUUGGCUUUCGCUUAUCACGGAAUGCGCAAUGGGCUGAAGUGCGAGGGGGAUUUUGGACACAUCGAGAUAAGACAGUGUGACCCAUCCCUCCUCCGAUCCUCUUGGCUUGCUGUUUUCCUGCGUUUUGACUCAACCCCGACAAUCCCACCGGCCUGAACGUCCCUUGUAAGGAGCUGCCUCGGUAUCUGGACAUUUAAGUCACAUAUGACAUUUUUUAGCCUCUUGAAAAUGCCUCACAGUUUCUUAUGUGAGCUGCAUCUGCUGAAGACUGAGAAAAAAAAAGAGAAAAAAGACUCUUAUCAUUUAACAUGUGAACAUUAUUUUCCAGCAGUAUUUGCCAGGUAGAUAUUUACAUUGAUUGUAAAGGGCAGACGGACAAUGCAUUUAUGGGUGUGUAAUCUUACUGCUGUUUAUUCCAACAUGGGUUGUCCUUUUUUUCUGAGAAACCAUUUGGCUGAGUCAUUCUUUGCCGACGCCUCUGUCACAUCAUCGCCUGCAGUGGACCUCGACAUCGCACAUUUGGUUGGCUGCUGAGAGGCGAGGGGAUGAAUGCUGCAUUCAUUUUCCUCAACAACAGACUGAGGCUCUGUCAGUUUUUUUCUCAACAACACAACAGAAAAAAAAAAAUGGAAAAAAGUGCGAGAAAAAAGAAAAUGUAUUUGCGACUGUGAACGGCACACGGGCGUAUUGACUCAAUGGGACAAGGGCUGUCAGCAGCAACACUUCAAUUUGACUAAUUGUCUGAUCUGUGUGAGUGUGAGGUGUGCGUGUUGACUUCGGUGUUUUCCUGUAGAAAAUGUCAGUGCCUCCUCCGGCUGCUAUGGACCACAGAUCUACUGUAAUAUUGAUAAGAACAAAGCCCUGAAAUCCUGGUGCAGGCAUCACCUCGCUGUCUGACACGCAAAUGUUUCACUUGGUAGAGAGAUAGGUGGGCGAGCAAGCCUUACUGAGCUGAAAGUCCGUGUUUAACAGUGACAUGAAGAACAUGGCUUUCAAGUGAUCACCCUCAAGGGACCAAAGAGCCUCACAGGACACCAGCCUGACUCUGUGAUAUCUGGCUCUGUGUUGCUCUAAUGUAUUUGGUGUAUGGGAGGCGAGGAUGGAAAAUACUGUAUUAUUUAUUUCAAAAUUUUUGGGUGUUUUCUGUCUUUUACCUAUUUAUUGUUCAGUUACUGUGCUUUUUACUCUACAAGUCAAGCGAAGCGGAGCUGUUCAAAAGAGCAAGGGCGCUGUACAGGUUUUUAAUAUGUUGAAUAAGAGCAAAAUUGAUUUAUGCCGUGGAGCUCUCGCUUCGUGAGACUGAGCUUUAUUUCAGCUUCGGGGGAUGUGUUUGUGUCGAACAUGAAGGAACAGGAACUUUGAGUUAUGUGCAAAAAGUGCAGAAUCGAACAGAGCAACAUUUGUCCUCAUUGUUUGAUGAAAUCACUAAAAUGUUCAAUCGGAGAUACAAGCACAUUCAUGGAUGAAAAAAGUUUGAAGCGACCUGCAGCAGGAAAACCUCUCAACUCCAGUGCUUCUGUUGUCAAACUUCUCCUGAAGAAGUAAUUGACCAUGAACUUGUCAAUAGCACCCGCAGUCAGUUUCAGGCGGAUGAUUUGCAGGACAUUAGGGCUUCAAUCCAUAAGAGCCACAGAGCUGCUCUGAGAUUCAAUAAGUGAUUUAACAGAAUAUUUGGGAGUAAGAACUCUGUGCACUCGUAAAACUGCUGCCUGUCCUCAUCUGAAACCAUUAUUAUCUCUCCGAAAACACCAACAGCUACACAAUUAUAUCAAAAAAUAGACAGGGAGGUCAUGUAUUGAUGGCUGCUUCCAAUAAAUGGGAAGUACUUCUGCUCAAACCCUGCUCAGAACCAUGGCUUAAUGUGGUGAGAAUGCAGCUUUGCUUAUUUUGAAACGUAUGUAUUAUGACUUAAAGGCGACAGAUGCCGUAAUCCGCCUCUUGAUCACCAUCCUUUUCUCUGGAACCGCCUGUGUUGUCUCUUCCCCAACUGUGUUUGGACCAAGUGCAUGGUGUGAGAUUCACAAUCUUUUAUUCCCCAUCUGUCAUCAUCCCUCUCCAGUUUGGAAAUAAAGCUACUUGAAAAAGCCUGAACAA